AUGAGAAAACGGACCCCCACACCUCUUCAUGUUUUCGGAAAAGACGCUCAAAUAGAGCGUCAAAAUCGCGGCGACGCCAACACCACAGACCACGAUUCAUACCAACAUGGCGAAACCAUGUCAACGCAAGGCAUGAAGCUUGACGCUGAUGCAGAACAAAAGGUAGCGGUAUCAGUUGGUCUAGUGACCGAGGAAAACUGGAGUGAACUCAGGAACCUCCGCGUGGCAGGCGAAAGCGAGGCAUCAGCUCGUACUUGGCCGUGCUCGAGAUCGAGCUUUAGUGCCGACAUGAAUAGGCAGGAGAUUAGACGAACAAGCCGCUAUGCACAUAUGACAACUUUACAGGAAGACAGCAGAUUCAGCAAGUCGUCACUUAAUUUCAUUCUAGAUGACCAAGCCGCGUCAGCAGCAUUCGAAGAAGAGAAAUUUACUUUUAAAAGAAAACAACCCAGGUGCAGCACCACAGGUCAUCUAAGUAAAGGGGCACGAGACGAUUUCACAUUGGGUGUUAAAGGUGAUUUGGCUACAUCAAAACAAAGCAACCGAACUAGUCGCUUAACUAGCAAGCUCCCAAUCCAAGACGGGAAACGCAGAGCACGCAGGCCGCCUAGCCGUAUAUGCAAAUACGAUGGCUGCGAGCAGUACGUGGUUGAUCAAGGGCUUUGUGUUCGACAUGGAGGUGGUAAGCGAUGUCAAACCUUAGGAUGCACCAGUCGAGCGAAAUAUCAAGGGCGUUGCUGGAAGCACGGCGGAUCAGUGAAGUGCAAGGUUGCGGGGUGCAUCAAUCGUGCCAAGUCGCGCGGGUUCUGCUGGUCGCACGGUGGUGGUACAAAGUGCAAGGCCGAGAGCUGCGAAAAAAUUGCCAUUUCCAACUCCCUUUGCUGGGCUCACGGAGGAGGAAAGAGGUGCGAGGUGGAGCGAUGUAUGCGCCAGGCCUAUGAACGCACCGGAAACUUAUGCAACAACCAUUACCAGGAGCGGCAGAGAGGCGGGAGUGGAGGUGCAGAUGACGAGGAAAAGCCAUUAGCUCUAUCAACGCUUUAA